CCAAAGAGAUAUCUGCUGCUCGACGUCCCCUCGUUCUGCAGUUGCACGCAAGUCUCUCGUCCGUGCGACACGAUCAACCCUCGGAGAAGCCUCAGCGGUAUUUUCUAGAUUCCAGAGUUCUGAGCUGCAGGAUGACCCGGCCAAAUGUGAGGAGGAGACACUCCGAAAUAUCGCAGUUGGAGUCGGUCAUUAAAAUAUCGAGCCUACCGAUCGUCGAAAGCGGUAUAAACAUAGCCGGAAACGUUUACCACAGGAUCAAGCGUUCGAAUUCUCUCGUGAACUGGAGCCUCGAUACUGCCGAGCAAUCUCUAGCUGCGGCAACGGCUUCGGCGAAACCGGCUCUCCUUGUGCUCAAUGGACCGAUAUCAACGAUUGAUCAGUUUCUCUGCAAAGGGAUAGACAUCGUCGAGCAGAGAGUGCCGGCGUUGAAUCUACCGCCACAGCUCCAGAUGUACGUCAAUACAAAACAAUUCGUGAGCAAACGAUUGGUCAAACCAAUGCUGAUGCGGGCUGGAAGCGUUAAGCAGAUGGGCAGUAACGCAGCUAAUCGUGCUGCGGAUAGGCUGGACGGCGCCCUGACUGUCGCCGAGGAGUACGUCGAUCGCUACUUGCCCCCUGACCCCUCGGACAAGACGGCAGACGGUAAGGAUGCCACCAGCAGCACAGUCGUAGGGCUACGUGAUCGCGGAAAUUCUGUUCAACGCGACAUUUUACGAUUGCUUGAAGGCACUUCGGACCGCAACGACCCAACCGAGGGGGUCAGCAAGACGGCAAGGACGAUACAUCACGGGGCCCGUUUCUCAAGGAAGCUGCAGCGUCGGCUGACGCGUCGCACCCUCGCCGAGGCUCGCGCCCUUAAGGAGCAAGGAACGGAGUGCAUUCACGUCCUUCUAUACGUCGCGGAGUUGGUCGCAACUGACCCAAUAUUGGCGCUUCAGAAGGCCCGGGAAUUGUGGAAGUCGCUCAGUCUUCCUGAACCCGAAAAUCAGGCCCGUCCUGCGACCCUGGAACAGCUUCUGGUUCUUUUGACCAGGGAAUCAGCUCGCCGUGUCGUUCAUCUCGUUAACGGAACAGCGACAAUUGCGUCGAGAGCGCCUCGACGAAUCGCUCGAAUCUUAGUCAGGACUUCGCAUCAGCUUCUAGAUGCCGUUGAAGCCACGGUCAAGAUGUUACCGAUUACCAACAACCGCAGCAACCCUCUCCCUCAGAUUUCUGCCAUCCGUGCCGCCAUCUUCAGGCUUCUACAAUUUUACGGUUCUACGACUAACAUUGCACUGGAACAGUUCGCAGCAUUUUUGGCUGGACGUCCGAAUUCUGGAAAGGUGGUGAACGCUCAAAACCGGCAGCAAAAUCACAACAAUCACGUUAUCGUUACCACCGACGUUUUGGCCAACGGUGUCGAGUAGUAUCGUGACCUGCAGAUUCAUCCUUGUCGAAAAUUUUCUUUAUUCAAAAAUUUGACGCCAAGGAUUUCGGAGAGACACUUGUCCUCUCUGAAAUCCUCCGGUUUAUUUCGAAGUGCUGUUACUAUCUUGGCUUUUUAUGUUGCUGCGCUGAUUUGUUCAUAAUACUCAAGGAUAGUUUUGAAGGACGAAAUUGCAGGAUUUUUAAUUUAGUUUCACAGAAAAUUUUUCACACAGCUAUAGAUCACUGAGGGUUCACACUCCUUCUUUUUAUAAUCGGUUUCUCCUUUGACUCACGAUUAUAUAAUCUGUCGAUGGAUGUGACUGUGGAUACUUCGAGCGGUGGAAGUUCUGCUACACGAGCUUCCACUCACUUGAAUCUUAUCAACUACGCGUAUGAAUAGCUCGUAGAUACGUAGCAGAUACUAAUAUAGGGGGGGUAAAAAGUAGAUAACGAACCCUAAGUAAAAUAUCCCGAGAGCAUAUUCUAAUCAAUAAAUGCAAGACGUCAAAACGUCGUUUUUAAAACUGCAA